AUGGACCCCGGUGCAUUUUAUGGAAAAUUUGCUGCAAAAGUGCCCCUUGACUACAGUGAUGACUCUGACCUGGAUUCAUCGAGCGACGAAGAGCCUGAAAACGCUGUUUUAGCCCGGACAACACCGCCAGCUGACAGUGAGGAUGAAGAGGUCUCAGGAGCUCCAAGCGCGGGCAGUAUCGACAAUGCGCUUGAAAAAAUCCCCAAGCCUUCGAAGGAUUCUCCCACAUGGAAGGCUGUCCGAGGCUCCUCGAGUAAUGCCAUGCCUGAGUGGAAAGACGUACCACCCUACCCAUCCCCGGUGGAGUCUCCCAUCACCUAUUUCAGAAACUUCUUUGACGUGACAUUCCUGCCUCACAUCUGUGAGCAGUCCUCCCUGUAUAGCGCUCAGAGGAAUCCCAACAAAGUUACUUCAAUGACAGUCAAUGAUUUAGAGCAGUUCAUCGGUACAGUGCUCACUAUGUCGCUUAUGAAGCUGCCCCAAACACGCAUGUACUGGUCGCAGAGGUUCCGAGUCAGUCAAGUCGCCGACACCAUGACGAGAGACAGGUGGGAAGAAAUCAAGCAGUCACUGCAUUUUAGUGACAACCAGGAAGCACCAGACCAGAAUGACCCCGAACGUGACAGGCUUUACAAAGUGCGGCCCCUGUUGCACCACCUGGUCGCCAAAUGCCACGAGAUACCAAAAUCUCAAAAGCUAUGCGUUGAUGAGCAACUGGUGCCGUUCAAAGGCCGCAGCUCAUUGAAGCAGUAUUUGCCCAACAAGCCCAAAAAAUGUGGUUAUAAGCUUUUCCUUCUCUGCGAUGAACGCGGCAUAAUGUACAACUUUGAAGUUUACACGGGCAAAAUUCUUCCUCAGCAAGGUUUUCCCGACAUCGGCGCAAGUGGCAACAUCGUCCUGCGAAUGGCGAGUAUCGUGCCCCGCGGUCUAGACUACAUCUUGUAUUUUGACAACUGGUUUUGCGGCGUGGACUUACAAGUAGUCCUCAAGAAGGUUGGAAUCAGUUCCGUAGGGACAGUACGCGAGGCUCGCCUAAAAGAAUGCAAACUUCCAUCCGACAAAGAUCUGAAGAAGAAAGGGCAUGGCUCUUACGUGGAAAUGGCGACCACAUUUGAAGGGGUGAGCCUGAGGGCUGUCAAGUGGUUUGACAACCGCCCCGUGACUUUACUGUCCACGUUUGCUUCAGCCUCACCCGAGCUGGCCGUGAAGCGCUUCGACUAG